GCAUAUGCAGAGGAGAGACCAUCACGCAUUCUGUCGCGGCGUCAUCGUCCUCUCUCUCUCUCUCUACGUCGGUUGCUCCCUCUCCUCUGCUCACUGCUCACUGUCUUCUUCGCCAUAGCUCUCCCCUCCCACCCCUCUCCCCCAUUCACUUCCCUCUCGCAGCGCAAUUCACCGUCUCUCUUUCUCCAGCUCGUGAGCAGCGUGAGACUGAAGACACGCCAACGCCACCUCUCCCUUUGAGUGCCGCUGACUCAUUCCCCAUUCCCCCCGAAGCUUUGAUCCGUUGAUCGGUCUGAAAGAGCGUUCGGGCAGUCGUCGAUCAUGUCCGGCCCAGUGGAUCGUUUCGCUCGUCCGUGCUUCGAGGGCUUCUCCAGUCAUGACGAACGAAAAGAACGCAGGUCAGAUUUUGAGACUUCGGAGGAUGACCGUAAGACAAAGAUCGGGAAUCUGAAGAAGAAAGCUAUAAGUGCAUCUACUAAAUUUAGACGCUCCCUCAAGAAAAAGGGCCGAAGGAAGAGUGACAAUCGGCUUAGUUCCGUUUCGAUUGAGGAUGUUCGAGAUAUCAAGGAGCUGCAGGCAGUGGAUGCAUUUCGACACACGCUUCUCUCUGAUGGGUUGCUGCCAUCUAGACAUGAUGACUAUCACAUGUUGCUGAGAUUCCUGAAGGCAAGGAAGUUUGACAUAGAGAGAGCAAAAUGCAUGUGGGCUGACAUGAUUCAAUGGAGGAAAGAGUUUGGCACGGACACAAUUUUGGAGGAUUUUGAGUUUGCUGAGUUAAAUGAAGUUCUACAGUACUACCCUCAAGGUUAUCACGGUGUUGACAAAGAGGGCAGGCCUGUUUAUAUUGAAGGGCUGGGAAAAGUUGAUGCUAACAAGCUCAUGUUAGUUACUACCAUGGACAGAUAUAUCAGGUACCACGUCCGAGAGUUUGAAAAGAGUUUUGCAAUCAAGUUUCCCGCCUGUUCAAUUGCUGCGAAGAGACACAUAGAUUCAAGUACGACAAUUUUAGACGUCCAGGGAGUGGGUCUUAAGAAUCUAACAAAAUCUGCUCGAGAACUAAUCAUGCGACUGCAGAAGAUUGAUGGCGACAACUACCCUGAAACUCUCUUCAGAAUGUUUAUCAUUAAUGCUGGUCCCGGUUUCAAGCUGCUGUGGAGCACGAUCAGGUCUUUUCUUGAUCCGAGGACAACUGCAAAAAUUCAUGUUCUUGGUAAUAAGUACCAAAACAAAUUGCUUGAAGCAAUUGAUGCGAGAGAAUUACCAGAAUUUCUUGGUGGUAGCUGUACCUGUAUCGAGGAGGGUGGCUGUCUAAGGUCUGAUAAAGGCCCGUGGAAAGACCCCAAGAUCUUAAAGAUGGUUCUUGGUGGUGAAGCGCAGUGCUCCAGACAGAUAGUGACGGUAACAAAUUCUGAAGGAAAAAUUAUUGCUUGUGAGAAGCCAUGUCGUCCCAUGAUGAAAAAUAGCGAUACAUCGACUGCAGAGUCAGGAUCUGAAGUGGAAGAAAUUGCUUCUCCAAAAGCAACCAGGAGCUAUUUACUUCCAAAAUUGACUCCAGUCUCCGAAGAAGUGAGGACAAUAAAUAAGGCAAGCUAUGGUGAUGCUUUCUCGGAGUACGAUGAAUAUGUUCCUAUGAUCGACAAGGUUGUGGACACAGCAUGCGAGAAACGGGUACCCCUUCAAAAGCUACAUGCUUCUUCAGGGACAUCUGCCUCACCUGCAGAAGCAGCAUCUCCAUCUGGCAUCCCUGCUCGUGUUUGGGCUAUGAUUCUGGCAUUCUUUAUCCAUAUAACUACUCUCAUGCACUUGGUUGUGUCCCGAGUCACGCGGAAGCUUCUUCCCAGCAACACUUCCGGUAGUAAUGCCAGUGAUAUUCCAGAUCCCAACAUGGUCGGACCCAGAGAGGAAAUCCAUCGUCCCCCUUCACCUGCACCGAGCUUCUCAAAGAUGGACCUCCUCUCAUCUGUUUGGAAAAGGUUGGGCGAAGUCGAGGACAAGGUAGAGAUGCUACAGGCGAAACCUCACGAAAUGCCAUAUCAGAAGGAGGAGCUUCUCAAUGCGGCGAUUUGCCGAGUAGAUGCAUUAGAAGCAGAGCUUAUUUCCACGAAAAAGGCUUUGUACGAAGCACUGAUGAAGCAAGAAGACCUCCUUGCUUACAUUGACAGUCAAUCAGAGGCCAAGUUGCAGAAAACCUCUUGUUGGUGAAGAGAGAUCGACUGCUGUACAGAAGGAACGGCUCCUGCGUUUGAGAUAACACAAUGUCGGUUGGCAUCACCGAGGCUGCUUCUGGUUCGACUAAAUAGUGAGACUGUUCUCUUCUAUUCACAUUCCACUCCAUCCUUUAUAAUCAUAUCUUCUCCAUUGAAAGUAAAUAAGCUCCUCCGGGAACUUCCCGAGCUUCUUGUAGCGUGUUGUCAAGUUCUUUGAAUUCGAAUGGACGAGAAAAAAAGAUUGUACGUGGGACUAUGUCUAUUGUGCAGUGUCGAAAAGUGGAGCAUAUUUGCUCAGGGCAAGCAGGUUAUUCUUUUAGGGUUA